UGGCGGGGCAAGAGCCCGGUUAAGCAAGCUGAGCAGACGGCUAGUUCAAGGCGCCAAAAGCUUUCUCUAAGCUCUCUCCUAAACGCGCCCUGGGCGCCUCAACCAACCCAGCCCAAUCCUUCCUUCCUUUUCCUUCCUUCCUUCCUGCCCUGCUUUUACUGCGCAGACCCAAGCUACGGAUGCCGUUCCCCGGCGGCUUAUGGUGGCUGCUGUGCUGCAGGCAAGGUUUCACCUUGCUGCGACGUGACUACUGUGAGGCAAGCAAGGGGGUGGCCGGAGAGGAAGAAGUUGAAGAAUCCUUUGAAUUACGCAUGCAAGGCGAUGAGGACUCUACCUUGCAAGUGAACCUCACUCAACCCAGUCGUGCUAGCAGUUGCUCUGAAAGGUCUUUGCCGGUGACUGAAGAGACACACAGUCUUAUCUCAGAGAACUGUGGAAGGAUGCAACAUGAACCUGAUGCUAUUGUGAAAGGUUGGCUGCAGAGAGAGGUCCGAGGAGGUAUUAAAACUCCCUGGCUGCGUCCUCGCAAAUACUGGUUUGUGUUGACAGAGGAUUCUCUGGACUACUACAGCGGGUGUGAUGUGAAUGCCCAACGCCUUGGAUCCCUUGUUCUCACCAGCCUCUGCUCUGUGCUCUGGCCUGACAAGCAAACCUAUAAGGAAACAGGCUACUGGGCAGUGACAGUUUUUGGCAGAAAGCACUGCUACCGACUGUAUACAGAACACUUAAAUGAAGCUGUACACUGGGUUUGUGCUUUGCAGAAGGUUAUCAUCAGCAAGGCCCCUUUGCAAACCCCCACACAGCUCCUCAUGCGUGACAUUGAGGAGAACCACAACAGCCCAGAAAUCUUGGAUCAAAUUUAUCGCAAUAAUCCCAUCCUAUGUUAUACAGCUGGCCCAAUUUAUGCACCUCUUCUGCCCUUCCCUUAUGCAGCUCAGGGUGGCCAAGGCUAUGCAGGACUUCGUGAUGAAGCCGUCAAACUUUUCCAUUCACUACAACAGCUUGAAGAAUUGCGAGAUCCAAUCCUUCUCAUGCAGGGGGUGCUGCAAACUUGCCAUGACCUUCCAGCCCUGGUGGAUGAAAUAUUCUGUCAACUGGUGAAACAGACAACAGAGCCCCCUAAUCCAGGGGCACCCAAAGAUUUGCGCUAUUGGCAGCUGCUUGUGUGCAUGAGCUACACGUUUAUACCUUCUGUGCCUAUACUCUGCUAUUUGCAUCUGCAUCUGCAGCGGGUGGAGAAAAUGUUUCCAAGAUCACCGGUGACCCACUAUGGACAUUUAAUCACACAAGCCCUGCACAAAAGCAAAGGGCAGGAGUGUGUGCCCUCCUUGGAUGAGAUUGCGACACUAAUAGGAAGCCAGGAAAUCCCACAGUCCACGCAUUGUUCUGGCACUACUACCUGUUAUGUGACCAUCACAUCUAAUGCUACAGCCCAGAAGCAUGUUUGACACAUGACGUUUGCAGCAUUGAGUACUUUCCUAUUGGACAUUACUAGGCCUUUUGUCAUUCCCCCCCUUUGUCACCUUAUCCCAGGUGACUCAAGAACUGAUGUUGCAUUUGGGUGUGACCUGAAUCCCCAACUUACUUAUUUUCCACAUGGAGAACUGGCAGCAUAAGCAACCCUGUUCAAAGAAUGUAUUAAAUAGUUUUAUCAGGUAUGGAAAAAAAAUUCCCAUUAAAAAUAUGUGUGUCAGUUAUAGCUAAAUUGAAAAAAGGGAUCAAGGGUUGAUUGUGUUUAUAAACUUGAUUGGAAAAAAAAAGAGCAAAAGCUAGAGCCUAUCUGGCUGCAGCAACCAUUAUGCCAUCAGACUGGCUUAUAUGAGGGACCACCUAUUCCCAAUUACAUCCACCAAUCCCAUAAGAUUCUUCAGAAGAGGUGUGAUCUGGGUCCCAUACAUAAGGGAUCCAGGAAGGGAAGCUUUUUACAGUUUGGUUGCAGAUCUUGUGUAGGUUUUUAUUUAUCAUUUUUAUAUUGUAUUUUGUUUUUAAGAAUUAUUGGGCAACAGAUAAUGUAUUGAGAGAUAGUUGUAUAAAAUAGAUGAAGGAAUACAUAAAUAAGAGUAGCAAUAGCACGUAGACUUAUAUAGCGCUUCACAGUGUUUUACAGACCUCUCUAAGUGGUUUACAGAGUCAGCAUAUUACCCCCAACAAUCUGCAACCAACCAUUUUACCUUCCUCGGAAGCAGAGAUGGGUUGCUCUUGGUUUGGCCUGGAUCGGGCAAACUGGUAGUGGCAGUGUUGGGAGGCUCCGCCCGAACACUUCUGUGCAUGCGAAGAAGCGUUGCGCAUGUGCAAGAGCAAACCGGUAGUAAAAAAAAUGGAAACCCACCACUACUCGAAAGGAUGGAAAGCUGAAUCAACC